CGCGCUGUUAUUGUAGGAGCCGGGUUCUUAUUGGUUUAUUUGCUCAAACAAUGCACAUAUCAAACACUUCGAUCUGCGGGGAAAUAAAUUGUCCAAAUAACUAGACUGGGGUAAAAUUAGAAGCUUCAUGAGCGAAAUCCAAAUCCCGUACGUUGUUUUCUGCGAGCUUUUCAUAGGAUUUGUGGUUUACACGCUGAGCUCGACGCGCAAAGGACAAUGUUAAUGAAACCACUGAACCGGACAUAGCCGCGAAAAAAUUCAAAUCGCGAACAAAACCGCUGUAGUAUGGUAUGAUGUGACUGAUGGCCGAACAUGGCGAGUGAAUGAGAGAGAAGUGUGGCAAACGUUAUGCCAAAAAAGAAAACUUGCGAAGUCCCUCUCCCUUUAGGUUGGGAAGAAGCGAGGGACUUCGAUGGACGAGUUUAUUACAUCGACCACAACACCAAAAGAACGUCUUGGGUCGAUCCGCGCGAUAGGUGAGUGUAUAGGGUUAGUGAACCGUGGCUGCUACUUGGAACGAAAUCCCGGUGAUGUUUUGUCAUUGAACCAACGCUGAAGCGGCCAUUUGCUUUAUUUUAAACAUAGAGCUAUCGUUCGUCUGCUCGUAAGGCUCUUACCGAAGCGAAUGGCCGCUUUAAAGUGCUGGAAAAGUUUUUCAGUUCACAAUUCACUGGGUAUCUUUGAACCCCUUGUGUGUCAUCCACAAGUAUUAAUGCUAUUUUUAUGGAAUUUACACAUUUCUGGCGAUUAAAGGAGUUAAGCGGGGAUAGAUCGAACUUGUUAGUGUACAUUUGGAUCGUGUUUGAUCGUUGAUGUUUAGUAAAAACCCAAAUAUCUUUUGGAAGUACUCAUUUGAAGCACCUAUAGCGAGCCAAAUGUUUCGUAACUGUCGCUUUGUUAUUCCUACAGUCCUUUCCGUUCGAGAUUUAUUAUUCUCAAAUAUUUCAGUUAUGUAGGAACUUAGCGCAUUCAAUACGGCGAAAAUUCACCUUUAGUCGGUGUCUGUUCUUUUACCACCUGGAAAGUCUUCGUAAAUGUCUCGCAGAAAGUUACAUUUACGUAAAACUCUCAAAAUGCAGCGAGUUUUUUCUUGUAGAGGAAAUCGUUAAUGCGUCAAGUAUAUACCUCUAAUACCUGAAAUUCUAUCAUUGAAUCGCAUCGAUAGUUUUGCCUUCAGUUAGCUAGGUAUCGAAAGUUUAGUUUUUGAAAGUUUAGCGACCCCUAUGAAAUGAUGCCUCGAAUAAAGUUUUCGAUCUAUCGACUGGGUUGGAACAAAAAAGAUCUUGCAAUUAUGUGAGGUAUGUGCGCGUGUCGUUCAUUAUAUCAUACGGAGUCUCUUUUCAAGGUUUAGUGCAUUAACUAAAAUUGUAAGCACCGAAUGCUUGCAAAUUGAGGCUCGUUAGUUUGCAAAACCAUGCAUUAUUUCCUAAGGAGACACUUUGAAUAAGCAAGAUUUCUUUAUAAGUGGCCGGCCGCGGUGAAACAUAACAACAUAUAUUUUUAAUGAACGUUUAUGACAACACGUUACGGGCGUCUAAAAAUAACAAACUCUGUCUUAAAUUGUUUUACGCUCGGUUUCUAUCCCUUCCCACUGCACCUGUUUUGGUUAAAUUUUCCUUACAGCGCCGGCGGACACUCGAUCUUUAUAAACGUAAACAGCUCUUCUCCCAAUUUUAACUUUUCUGUCUUCGAGAUAACGCAGGUUUAAAGCAGCAGAAUAUCGCCAACAUUCCAUUAUCCUGAGCGAAUCAUAAACAAAAUACAGCGUAAAAUGUCUUCUGAUAUUGUAAAGUUUGAAUCUUAUUUUGUCUUUGGUCAGUGGUCGCUGCGUUAUCAUAAAUGUCACUAAUGAAAUCAAAUUAUGUGAAAUUCGUGUUUUGCUAUUUUGUUGAGUAUUAUAUUUAUUACACUUAAGUAAUUCUUCAAGUAGAUUUCACGCUCGAUUUUUUGUAGAUCUGUUUGCUUUGUUUUAGCGCUGUAUUUGCAGGUUUUGGUUUUAAAAGUAUCACUAGAAUUGUGUAAAGUUGCUACUUUGUAUUUUAUUCGAUAAAGAAUUCAACGUAGGUUUUCUGUGGCAACAUGCCAAACCGAUUCAAUUAUUCAUCUGUUUCGCUUUUCGGCGAUAAAUAAUAGCAAAUAUAACACAUAGCGUAACACGCAUUUGCCAAUGGUGCGAUUUGAGGCUUUGUACAAAUUGACUGAAAAUUUAUCACACUUUCAGCCAGCUUAACAUUCUCCAGUACCAUGCCAGAGCUUCCAUGCUUCAAAUUAUUGUUUUGUUAACAAAAUAAGAUUAAUUUCAACCAUUCAACAACAUUAAUUUGAUGAGAUUUAAACUAUAUCUUGUGAGAAAUUGUUUUUUCUUGCAUACCCUGAAGGCUUUUCGGAAAUAAUGGCAAAGGAAUGUGUUCACAGAGUUAUACAUGUCAAGUGUUGCCAUUUAUUAUUUCAUUAAUUACAAACUAAUGAUGGUCUAACAAAAGAUAUGGAAGAAUUCCAAGUUGAGCUAGCAGGUGGUGACAAAGUUUCAUCACCCAGACAUACGGGCAGUGGAGCAUUAAGACACAGUUUACAGCUUGGAAAGACAUAAAUUGUUUACUUUAAUGCUUAACAAAUUUAUUGAAAACUUGUCUGAAUUUUCCACAAGGAAGGUAGAAUCUCUAUUUUAUGCACCAACUUACAAUAGUAUGUUAAGUCAAAUGCGAAAAAGCUAUUAACUGCAAGAUCAGGUAGAAUUAAUGAGAGGUACCAUGCGUGCAUUAUGGUUUAAGAAACAUCUUCAAAUCUUUAAAGUUCUAAACUGUAUUUCCAAAGGUUUUCCCAGAAAUAUAAUGUGACAUAGAUUUAUCCGCAAAUAUGUCUUUUUAUAUUGUACCAGGUUAAUUACUACUAGACUAAUGGAGUCAUGAGUAGCAGCUUAUUUUUGUUUACCUCUGGAACUACAUGUGAACACAUUGUUUCAUGUAAUCGUAUUUGCCCACUGGUUAGGAAGGCCACAUUAUAGAAUAUUUGUCAUUCUACAAAGGAUUUCAUGAGAUCAGUAUUGAUCUUUAAAAUGUACACAUCUACAGUGUCUCUCUUCUCUUGACCAAGGCUGAUUAAAUAAUGGGAUCGAAUCAAAUGAUUAAUAUAAAAUACCAUAGAAUACUAUGUGUUGGUGUCAUUUUUUUAAUGACUACAAUAUUUGUCAGCCUAGUACUAGGUUCUGGAACAUUCUUUUCCAAAAAAUAGAAAAUGCUUAAAAGCGGAUGCAGACAGAUGGAAUUGUGCGAGUUUUUUAGUUGUAAACAUAUCCUCUCAGUUUGAGAAUUUUGUUAUUUAAAGUAUUUAUGAGCGUGUGAAAUGUCAUAGUUUUCCUACAAUACAUAAACAGGCUAGGACGUGAAAUCACGCAUGCAGGACAGUUCUAACCUUUGAACCUAUUAAUGCGUAAAAUUAGAGCAAUAAUUUUAGAGUUCUGUUCUAAAUUAGAGUUGUCUUUUUUACACUGGUGAAAGUAUUAAGCUUUUUUAUCCUCCAGAUUAAAAUUUUAAAAUUAAAACUAAAUGCUUUAUGAUUUUUAUAUCACAGUUUUAAGAAUUUGGUGGCUCAUUGAGGUGAUAAGAUCUAUCUGAUAGUCAUGUAUUUAUAUCAUAAUGGUCUGUCUGUCUGAAUAGUAAAUAUUUGAAUCAAUACCAUAUGUUUCAUGUGCAGAAAUGUUUCAAUGCAAAAUCAAGAAUGAGUUAGUUUUUAAAUGUAAAAGAAAUGCACAUUUAUUUGAGUGUCAAUGUAUUUAGCACAAAAGGACUAAUUGGGGACACUAUUUUUAUGUCUCCUCCUGGAGACAGGACAGCCAUUUUACGUGUUCAUCCAAGCCACCCGAAGGUCUAGCCACUUGCAGACUGUACCUUCAGUUCUCAGGUACUAUUUUAAGACCCUUAGUAUUGGUCCGGGCCCCAGGAAUCGAAUAGAAAAAUGUGAUGUUACAUGUUACCCACACAGGUACCCAAGAUAAAACUCUGGCUCCUUGUAACAGUAUACAACAAUGAUAUUUAGAAUGUUAAAAAUAGGAGGAUCACAAAGUAGUUUCUACAUAAUUGUAUCAUUAUACUUUGCACAGGUUGACCAAGCCAAUGACCUUUGCUGAUUGUGUAGGAAAUGGUAUGUGUUACUUUUGAAUCAUAUUGAACCAUUAGCCGUGAUAACAGUAAUUAAUUUGGAUCUUGGUAUCCAUCUAUGCUAAAAAAGAGGAUCUUCAUCAUAAGUGAUUCAUAAUGCAAAAUUCUUUUGCGAUGAAUUCCUCUAAGGAGAGUGAAACCUUUAACCUUAUCAUAACUAAUUUAGAUACUACUAACCAUGCAGUAUUAUAGAGACUAUAAUAUGUCCCAUAGACUGCUUGGUUUGACAUGUUGAAAGAUGAAUCAGUUUACAAUUUGUGAUGUUCGGAGGGGUGCUGGUAAUGUCUUUAGGAUAGAAAGUACAUUAUUCAGUCACAGAUGCAAUUUACCCCAGCUAGUAACGUCUGCGAAGCAGUGUCAAGAUCCCUGUUCUGGGCUGUCAAUGGACUUGACAAAGUACUGGGAAUGCACUUCGAUUUUCCCUUCAACCUGUUUGGCAAAUUAACAAUAGUUCUUCAACAGGCCAAUCGUGGGGUGUACUCAAAUCUUUGUAAACAUUUGGGGCCCAGAACAAGGUUUUUUGCACUGGCUCGCAGACAAACUUGACCAGAGGUUUACCGGUAAUUCCAGUUGUAGUGCAGGCUAUGAGUUUGUGUAAAUUGGUAAGAUUUAUUCUUAGUAGUAGUCAAUAAUUUGGGCUGCUUACAGUGGUGUAUGAAAAUAAAAAUAUUCUUUAAAUGUAUUUAUGUGUCCUAAGGUAUAUUCCAAUGAUCUUUAUCCUUAAGGUGUAGAAAUUUAGAGUCUCUAGCUUAGGAAUAUACAUCAUUUUAUUCAUGAGCUAUGUUCCCUUGCGAUCCAGUAAAAUAUCUUUCAGCAGAAUUUUAGAUAAUUUUCUCUAAAUUCUAGAGUUGCCAUUUGGUUGGGAGGAGGUCAAUGACCCAGUCCUUGGAAAGUAUUUCAUUGAUCAUAAUACUGGUAAGUUUUUCCCAAGUGGUACUUGACAGUUUAGUCUAGCUAAUAAAAGGUAAUAGUUACUUUUUAUUAGUUAUUAUUGUGAUUUUUCACAAUUAUUGUAAUUUUAUUGUAAUUAUUUGUUUACCCAUGAAGCACUUAGGAGCUCUUAUGAACUCCUUUAAAUGUGUCUGUGCAUUGGAAUUUGGAAGUGUUAGUUUUUGAGGAGAGGGGAAAACCAGAGUACCCAGAGAAUAACUUUUUGGAGCAAGGGAGAGAACCAAGAACGAACUCGACCCGCAUAUGGCGUUGACGCUGAUAUUUGAACCCGGGCCACAUUGGUGGGAGGCGAGUGCUCUCACCACUAUGCUACCCUUGCUCCCCAAAAGUUUUAUAUAGACAGUGCAUCUUGAUUUUUUUGUGGUAGAAUUAAUUAUUGCAGGUCGCAGAAUUUUUCAGCUGUCAACUGACUGUUCCCCAAAACAAAACCAAAAACAAGGGAACACCAAAGAUCAUUGACAAACAUAAAAACUGACUUCAGCUAACAAAUGUCUAAAUAAUACAUGGUUUCAUAUAUUGUCAUGCUUCAUUAGCUUCAUUUGCUCAAUAAAUUAUUAUGUUUUAUGAAAAGGCAUAAUAACAAAGCAAACUGAUAUUUAUAGAUACUGUGUAGUUGACCUCAGGCAAAAUGAGAUACGUGCCAAGUCUAAGGACUGUUGUGCAUGGCCUCAUUGCCAUUGUGUAUAUUCAGUUGUGGGUGUGUGGGAGUGUUUCUUUAAUUCAAAGUGGAUGGCGCAAUUUGAAAGGUAUGCUGAAUAAAUAUAUUUUUUUGUGUUCCUUAGGAGCACAGCAGGCUGAGGACCCCAGAUUACAAUGGAGGAAGAAAAGAGAAACGAUGUUGAGCGACUAUCUAACUGUCGCACAGUCAGAUUUGCUAGUAAGACUGAAAUUUUACCCAUUUGAAACCCUUUAAGUCCUAAUAUCCUCGUGCAAAUUCUCCAGAUGGCUCUCCAUACAUUUCCUUAAAGAAUUAUUUGAGAGAAUUUGAUAAAAGAUCAAAGCAUUUUCCCUUGGUAAUCAUUUUAUAAAUUCUCAUAACCUUUCCUUUUAAUGAUGUGUGGAUAUUGUUAGGAGAAAAUUGAUGUAAGUCACUCUUAUGCUUGAAUCACUUUCACCCUUUUCCUUCUUAUUUUCAACUGAAGAUCCGGUAUUGUUUAAACCAGCCCCCAUUUUCCUUAUUUGUAUUCAAAAUUAGGAUUCCCUAUAGACCGAACUUGAAUGGGGGCAUAAAAGGGUGGUAGUAAUAUUUCCAAUCAAUGUUUAAUAGUUUCCUUGCUAGAAAUUUAUGCUUAAUUUAAGUAAUAAUAGUAAUAAUAAUAAUAAUAAUAAUAAUAAUAAUAAUAACAACAAUAUUUAUUUUAUAAUAACUUUUUCUUAGUGUGUUUCACAGAAUGAUAUAAUUUUGAAAAUUUAAAAUUACAGGCAAAGCAAAACAUGUUGGAUGUUAAAAAGCAGAGGCUCAAUGUGGCUUGUCAAGAGGUAGGUUAAUAGAAAUGUAUAAAAAUGAUUUUAGCAAGCUUUCAUGUUUUUUUUUGUUUUUGUGCAACGCCAGUGUAUGAUGUUGCAUUUUAUACAAAGGAAAUAAAACUUGAGAUAGGAAAUUUCUUUUUUAUCUUCGUUGUUUUAUCCUCAUUCUUCUACCACCUCUACAUAAAAAUUACACCAAGGUUAAAAUUUAACUGAACACUCUGGAAACAAAUACUACAAUAACAACAACAACAGCAACUGUCUCUUGCUGAGUGAAAGUAGAAUCGCUUUGUGGUAAAGAAAAAUACUUAGGGUCUUAGCUAUAUUGGCUAACAACAUGGCUCAGGGAAAAAUACUGGUAAGUUUCUUACCCUUCUGGAUCAUCACACAGUCACUGUGAAACACAUGUCUCAGGCUCAGUAAACCUCUUAGUUCUAACUUUGGCUUCUAUGACCUGCAGGUUCAAUUUUGGACUUCAGAGCUUGAGAGGCGAGAAAGACGUCAAGAAAGGCAACCAAAGCACGUAAAACAGGGCAGCUUGAGUUCAUCUUCGUCAAGUUCAACAGUGAGCUCUAUCACUAGCAAGUAUGAUGUCAACCAGCUGAAGCGGGAGAUAUCUCAAGCUAAGGCCAGGGUAUGUAGCUUUCUGACAAAUGAGUCAUGUAGUGUAUUGUUUUUCUCUGGAGCAAUGGCAGUAGCAAAACAUUUAAAGUGCGUCCUGUGUUUAAGGAGAUGUGAUGUGUAGGUUGAGAGUUUUUCUGUGUGAAGUGAUUUUCCUUGUGCUUAGAUGCAGUUUUAUGUUUUUGGCCUGUUGAAUAGUAGCACAGUUCCUUGCUCCCAAACCGGUCAAGUUUGCUUUGUUAACUGGUAGUUUCAUUGUAUCAUUUUCAAUAUUGAAACUUUGAUCUUGAAUGCAAAGGGGGCAAACUGAACAAGGUGUUUAAUAAUUUAUGUUAGUUUAUCUGCCUGAAACAGAGUUCAUUAUCCCAUACACAGUAGAUAUUUUACCUUUGUUUUUUGUCCUAAACAGGGUCAGGGGAUUCGAACAAUCAAUGAAACUCCUGAGCCCAAACUUGUGUCAAGUGUGAAGCUUUUUGCCCCCAACCCCCCCGACCCUAACCCCUGUUCGCUUGCCUUUGUUUUGUUAAGUUAUGAUGGCUUUCACAGCCAUGGAUAGAUCAUUGCUGUGAAAAGUGAGUAGUGCAGUAGUUAAAACGUCUUUGCUGUCUUAACAGGUUGAAGAGCUUAAACAAGAAAUGGAUAAUGUUUCAAAUGAGGUGCAAGCUGGUAAGGAAGGCUACAAAACAUUGGAAAGAGUGGAUAGAAAAUUGUCCUCACAUGCAGGCUGUAAAAAGGAAGAUGUUCAAGGGUUGGUGGAGGAAAUUCAGAGCAUGGAAAGAACUUUGUUUCUAAAAGAGCAAGAGAAGAAAGACCUUGUUCAAGCUUUGCUGAGACUCAAAGACAACUUGUCGCAUCCUGAUUCCUCAGUUGAGGUAGGCGACCAAGAUUUUGCAUUGUUGUGUUGCUGUGAAACAUGUGCUCAGAACCUCUGUAUUAUUGGAGGGCAUCUCUGACUCUGUAAAUUGUACAAUGUAGCAUUGGUAUUUGCCAUUUUAAAAUCAUUUUGAAACCCUUUAUGUAGCCUGCAGUGCAGGCUUAGUUUGAGCAGGCGAAAGCUUCUUUAUGUUUGUAUUGUUUUGCCACCAUCUUUGAUUUUAUAGCGCUUUCGUGAGCAAAACAUUCAUGCUCCUGAAGAAAACAUUUGCACCGCAAGCUACCCUUUAUGUCCCAAGAGUGACCAACAUCAGUUUUUCUUCCAACAAUAUCACUGCACCAUUAAGACAAAAAAUCAUAUUAAUUUUCUCUUUCCUCACCUCUUUCUAGGCGAGAGAAGAUUCUAGCGAUGUAAAAAUCAGUGUUGGAUCACAACUAGAUCUUGGUUCUGACUCUGCCAUCGAAGUACGCUCGACCGAGCAACUUAGACGCGACAGACAAGAAUUAAAAGCUGAAUAUAAAGACGCUCGAAAAACUGAAUCAAAAUUACAAAGUGAAAUUUCACGGUUGGAAGAGAGAAUGACUCAGGAUGAUAACAACGCAAGUUUAAAGCCAGGCCUCUUGCAUGAAAAAGAGACUUUACUUGAGGAACUUCGACGAUUCCAAUCAUUUGUUAGAUCCGAAGGAGAAAAGGUUUGUUUUAAUUUUUUUUCUUUAAAAUUUUAAAAUGUCAGUUAGGAAUGUUAAGGAUUGGCAUGUUGUUGUCUUCGUAGUGAUAUCAGGCAAAAAGGCAGCUUAUGUUAAAAAAUAGCCUCAACGUUUUGAGUUUUCUAAGCUUGUACACAGUGAUUUUCAAACUUACCUCUACCCGCGUGCUGUUUGCCUGUUGCCAAUUUUCUUCCUGUGAAAACCUAAGACAACGUCAGCACCCCAAAAGCGGUUUAAAGCAGAUUUUUAAGAUGCAGAACUGCUACAACAUUAAAAAAACCUUUUAGUGCUAAGCGUAAGUCUUGACUCUGUUUUUACGAAGUUUCUGUUGGUGUUCAAAUAUACCUUUGUGGCGACACUUUUCUCCCGCGCUUUGCGUUGGCCUCAUGCAAUAACUACGAAAUCUGAUUGGUUCAUUUGAGACUUCUGGGUGUCUGUGAUUGGCCAGAUUUUGAUUUUGGUGCGAGUUAAAAAGAUCACUUGCCACACCAACAACUCAGAGAGUUGAGAGUUCCACGAAACAGAUUGAAAUAUCGAAGUCCAACUUUCCUUUAUCAAUCUUGAACUCAUGAUCCAAAUGAUCAUCUGUCUAGCCCUUUUUUUGUAAAUAAUCACCUUCUUUCUGUGUGAUGUGUCUUGCAGCAAAAACUUGAAGAAGAAAAAGAUAAACUGUCAGCGGAUCUUGACUCAGCUCGACUACUUUCUGAGCGGGUUUUAGCCGAUAGGAAUCAACUCGAGACCGAGAAAUCCAUGUUGGUUCAGAAACUUGCAGAACAAACCAAACUUACCAACUUGCUCAACAUGCAACUCAAAAGGUAACCGUACGUUAUAUAUCUUAUUAUAAUUAUUGUUAUUGUUAUUAUUAUUAUUAUUAUUAUUAUUAUUAUUUUAUGUUUUACGGAUGUCAAGCGUUUCAUUGAUGGCUGUUUAAUUUAUGAUUUGUUUAUUUUACGCUCUUCAGUCUUUCCGGAAGCACGCCCUCUGUGUCCUCCUGUUCAAGUCGAUCCCUCUCGUUAUCCGGAAGUCGGGGCUCUCUAUCAGCAUCAAGCCGAGGCUCACUGAAUUCGCUUAACUACCCUGAUAUGAGUCACAGUGGUGGAAGUGAGAUGCUCAAUCUACGAGAACUCCACCAGCGCGUGACAGAUAUGCUUCAAACAAUGCCGCGUGACGCGACUGCGGCGUUUCCACCUAUGUAUGGAGUACGGACAUCUGGUGUUCCAACGAGCUAUACUCCCACUUCCGGUAGAGCGACGCAUCCAAGUGCGAGUAACUCGUCACAAGUGUCGCUGUCGUCACGUGACUCUAUGUCGUUGUCUUCGCAUUCACCCCCGAUCUCUCCGAGUACUAGCGAUCGCUCACCGACGCAGUCUCCGGCAACUGCUGGGGUUGUGGCUACCGAAGGGGAAAGUACUGCUGUUUUAGACGGGACGGAGUUAGAGAGGAGCUCUUUAACGCAGGUUAGUUUUAUCCUACCUUCGCCUUUUUGCAUGAAGAAGGUCGCUGUAACGUGUUUUGUGACCUCUUUGCGCAAAAGGUCCCUUUUCCUUUCGAAGCAAGGAAAAUGGAGACGUCUGCAUGCAGACGGCCAGCUGUCGGAAAGUGUCUCUGUGUUCCUCCUUCUUAAAACUUCACUCUAUACCCAACCGUUCUUUGACACUCUACUUUUUCGUUCUUGCACUCCUUCUUUCCUCACGCCUUUCUUAUUCUUUGUUGUUUUUAUUUCAGGCUGAAGGGAUACCAGUUCAACAGCGAAUUCGUCUCCUAACCACCGAGUCCAAAUCCAGCGAAUCUAUCAACGCCAUUCCCUUCAUCCCCUUGUCUCCCAUCACGGAGGGAAUUCCGGCACUUCCGCUGGGACGUUGCGAAGUGUCUUUACCCCCCACGGGGUCUCGACCCGUUACGGCUGCGCCAUCGGAUGAAUCAGUAGCAGCUGAUAGCGGGGUCUUUGACGCGUCCCAAGAAAACCUAAAGGCCUCGCAGAGUAACGGUGACUUGAGAUCAAGAAGAGACUUCGAUGAAGAUUCAACGGAAACGUCGCAGGUUAAAAUCGGACUUACGUACGAUGUCGAUCGCGAGGCCUUAGUCGUUUGUAUUGACGAAGCAAAGAGCUUAAAAGCUCUUGGAAACACAACGCAAUGUAAGACGAUGUACGUCAAAGCUGCGCUAUUGCCGUGUGCGCCGAGUGAACGCUGUAUCUUGGAAACAAAGCCAUGUAAUUAUCAGGAAAACCCAGUGUUUGGAGAGCAGUUUCACAUUCCGCUUGCCAAAGUAAGAAAACCAGCUUACCGGCACUUCAUUUAACACAAAGUCGUCACUCACUCAGGCAUGGGGGGAAUCAGUUCGGGCACAACUGGAUCUGUAGAUUGGGAAAUUUGAGCGGUGGGGAGGGGGAGGAAGGAGGGGUUGGGGUGGGUACGAAUUCGACAGGUUCCCACCGUGCUGAGAUAAAUCAUGUUGCCGGUUCGCCUUUGAAGAAUGCUUAAGAGUAGGAAAUUCUUUCAGAAAAAAGCGCGGACAAGUCAACUCAUCAGUGCCAUUAAGCGAGGAGAAUGCUGACUUUUCCACGCUGGAUGGAGGCUCCGCCGCCAAAAACUUUUCACCGAACUCGCAUUAGUGAACCUGCUCGCAGGCUAAUCAAUGUGCUGUCGAAUAGUCUUCGACUGAAAACAGGGUCUAAUAAGAUGACAAUGAUAGUGUCCUGUGAUCUGAUUGGGUAGGCUAAACAGUAAACAUGCAAGUCAUAAAUAUCAUAGACCCAAACUUCAGCUUGAAGACAUUGUUUAUACAGUCAAGUCUCUCUUAACGGACACCUAGAGUUGGUCACUGUCUUUCUUUACGCCUUUUAUUUGACUCUCUAUAAUGCGGACAUCUCUCUAAGACGGACACGUACUGCUGGUCCCACGGGUGUCAUUCUUAGAGGGAGUUGACUGUAGUUUUGAAUUAAAGUUUUAAAGUGGUUUACUUACACUUAUUCGCCAUUUUCACUUCUCUCAUAAUACACAUUGUUUGCCCCCCAAAAUUUUGCACAAGCAUUGUCAUAUAUUUCUCUUGGAACCACUGUUUUACCCAGGAGAAAUCAAAAACAAAGGUUAUGCAAAGUUUGAGGGGCAAACAAGUUCUAUUAUGGGAGAUUGCAAAUGGCGAAUAAAUAUUUCGGUUUAAGUAUGAACCAGGAUCCGUAUUCCGCUCUAAGUGAAUUUAGGUGGUAACGUAAACGUUCGGCUGUAAAGGAUAGGAAUUUUUGAGAGGAGAAAUUAUAUUUAUCAUUGUCAUUUUUAUCUCUUGCAGAGUAAACUGACCAGUAAGACCCUUCAAGUGAACAUCCUUACUGUCAACACCUUAGAGACGGAGGAGCUUUUGGUAAGUUGACAUCUUUCUGCUUCUUAAUUUGAUCGCGGUAAAUGAGAUAUGUGUCAGUAUUUUAAUGAUUAUUUGAUUUCUUUAUUAUAUUUUAAGGGCGGGGCACAAAUCAGCCUAGCGGAUUUUAACGUUCAAACUCCGGUGCGAUUUCGAUGGUAUAACCUCCUAAGUUGCGCGGUAAGUAAAAUACAACAACAACAACUCAGUUUAUUUAUUUCAAAGUUUUUGUCACAAAAAAUAAAUUCAUAUACAACCCGAAAGUCGCAAAGGCUAUUCGAGGCGGGUUGCGUAAAAAAUAAUGAAGUACUUUCGUAAAGUAAAAUGUAAAAAAAAAAGUUAGUUGUACUCGACCUCUUGUGUAUAUCCAGUGUUUAUUUCUAUUGCGAUAUCACAGUAGUGUGAGUCUCGAAAGAAAAUCGUAAGUAACAAAAAAACCGCAGGUGAUGAUCACAAAAUCUGGGAACCAACAAGUGUUUCUCCACUUUGCUUGCAGUUUUUCCAGUCAGCGGCUGCCAAGUACCCGCGUAAGAGUAAUACUACGACACCGAUUGGUUCCCUGUCUUUGGAUAGUGUAAACGAGUCAAAACGAGGCAAUCUGCGACCCAGCUCAUGGGUGAGUUUCUGUGAAAAAGAGAAAUGAAAACUUCGUUUGUGACACCAGAUAAUCCAGAAACGUUAUUCGUGACAUAAACCUCUAGUGUCAACCGCCCCAAAUUUAAAGUAACUUUGUAAAUCGUUACAUUAAAUUGCCCCGCGCCUAAGUGUGCUCACUGCGGUCCUCUGUUUUACCAACGUUCCCAAAGUACAAAUAAUCGCGGGUAAAACCUGAGUAAGUUUUCUAGUUUUGAAUUUGUAUUUGUUGUCAAAAUCAAGGAUAUAGGCCCCCGACUGAACUAAAAUGUCUAUCAGCCUGUUAGCUGUCCUUAUGGUCAAGCGUAUUUUUGUAAUAUACAGUGAACUUUCUCUAAGAUAGACACCUCUGGGACCGGCCGCCACUAUGUGCCUGUCUUCAAGAGAUGGUCAACGUAAAGGAACGAAGAAAGGCAGAGACCAACUCUAAGUGUCUGUUUUAGCGAGAGUCGACUGUAUGUCUUCCUGACUAGCUUUUAUUUUAUUCCUGUUUUAACAGUGCGAGGGUUCUACAUUCAGUCUCGAGUCAGCGGUUGGGUUUGAGCGGGUGCCCUUUACAUCAGUGAGUCAAGAAGUACUGAACCAGCCAGGGGACAGCCAACCUAUACGCAAGCGUACCGCUGGAAGGCCGGUAGAGAGGGCUCAGUCUCAGGGCGACAGUGUGAUCAGCGGUGGUUCUCUGCAGGACAGAGACAGUGACUUCGAACGAUCGCCUGUAGCUCGGUCCAGACCCCUGCUGGGAAGGUCAAAGUACUCUCGCAAGUUUUCUGAUCCGCAACCCCUAGGAUUGUUCCCAGCACAUGUAAGUGCUUGAAAGAUCUUUAAAGUCAAAUUUUAGGGAUUGUAAAUUCUGAAGGAGAAAGUCGAGGAGUCAAUUGAUCUUUCCAAGUAGCGAUUGUAAAGUGGCAAAAUUGGACAGGCGUUUGUAUGGUGGGGGCAAGUUCAUGCCCCCCACCUUACGAGGGUCUAAAAUUUUGAGACUUUUUGGAGCAAUAUCUUUGCUCGCUAUAGGCGUAUCACUUUUGAAUUUGGUAACGUUACUAAUUCAAGGCGCUCUUAGACUACGAGCAGUCUCUCUUUUUGCUUGCUCCGUCGAGAAAAUCGCCCGAAACACGCAAAUGACCACGCGCGUGACUGAAGGCGCGAGACAGGAGAGGCCUGACAAAAGAGAAUCUCUCUUCUUUCUUCUCGGACUGCCGCUCUCGUUUCUCGUGUCUCGCUGCAUCGUCGCUCAACGCUCGCGCGUGCGUGUACUCCCCUUACUAAAUCUGAAGAAAAAGAGGGGCUGCUCGCAGUCUAAGGCGCUCUUGGAAUGUGCUCACUGCGGUCCUCUGUUUUACUAACGCUCACAAAGUACAAACAAGGGAAGGUCAAGCCUGAGUAAGUUUUCUAAAAACUUGAAAAGAAAAAAAAAACAUGGGAAAGUCUAUAAGUAUAGAAAAUGAUGAACAAGAUAGUUGUUUGGUCGAUCCGGCGUACUUUCUACUUAGCCUUGGCAAAUUAUGGGUCAGAAACAAAUGAAUUAAUAAGACUCUGGCAUUAUUUUCAAAGGGUGAAGAUGACGAGGUUCCAAUGAUGCAGCUGAGCCACGCGCUCUAUGACAUCAAUCUGAAUCGCAGUAACUCGGACUGUACCACACGGAAAACCGAUCUCAGUCCAUUCGUACGCAUGUCAGUGGAACGAACGAGUAUGAGACGAAAAAAGGUGAGUGAAGGUUCCGAGAACUUCAUUAAUGUCUUUUAUCUCACCGAUUGGUCAAAAGGAAAAGAAAAGAUAGAGAGAAAGAGAGAAAGAAAAACAGCUAAACAACAAACAGAACCGAACAAAAGUUUUGAAGGAACAGUACUCGAGUGCUUUCUCGUAAAAUGUUAUACGUUCAAAGUACAGUUGACUCUCCCUUAAAGGACACUUCUAUAAGAAGGACACCUCGGUGAAACGGACACCAUGGAGUUGGCGGUCCCUACAUUCCUUUACUCCCUUUAUAUGACUCUCUAUAAGACGGACACUCAGAGCCGGUCCCAAAGGCGUCCGUUGUAAUACGAGUUGACUGUAAAUCCUAAAAAUCCCUUUAUCACAUUAAAACAGUAUCGUGCCGCUUUUUUGCCAGGCAUCGGACGACUUUCCAACCCUCCUCAAAGUAUUGUUCACACUCCCGGUUUUUAUCAUAUGACUAGAAUUCCAGUAACUCAAGUGGACCCGACUGUACUUCCGGUUUCAUUUUUGACCAGACUCCACUGGACUCCAGGUUUUGUCCACUGGAAUUUAGUCGAGAGUAUUGGACAUAAGUGGCAGCUUAAGGGUUUUUGCUUUCAUCGCCCAAACCCCACUUGAAAACCUUAAGGUUUCGUUGGUACAAUGGUUCACAGAGAAUCGAGAUAUAAUGUUCUGUUUGUUCAUUUGCAGCGCCCAAUGUCGUGGCAAGGGAUUCAGCAGUACCAACAGCUUAUACCCCACUUUGAAGAAGGAAGUGGCCGAACAGCUAUGGACUUGGAAUUACACUUAGAGGCCUCCAGAGCCAAGCAGGUCUGUGAACUCACUUAAACAAUUUGAACUCCUAAAAGGGAUUUUUACUCCUCUUUAAGUCGCAAACUCACGAUAACCCUCAGUAAAUGUUGGUACGUCCACGCCUAGUGGGGGCCAAUCAAAUAAAUGUAAUAAGGAUAAAUUGGCAAGUCUGGGAGAGAAGGGCUGCUGGAUCAAUUUAGGUUUUUGGGAAGCUUCCCACCCACCCCUUCCCUAAGCCAACAUUUUGCCCUAAGCGAGAAGUAAGUGUUAAUGUUGGCUUAGGGGAGGGGUAGGUGGACAGUUUCCCAGAAACCUAAAUUGUUCCGGGCUUUCUUCCCUCCCCCAUCUUCUGUUUUCCCCGGGAAUUCCGGCUUUUAAGCCCGGAAACACGACCUUUCAGUCAUAACUGAGUUAUACAAGUAUUAUUUCAUGGGGUGCAAAGGUGAAACUGCACACCAAAGGUAACCAAAGGUGACCAUGUUCCCUCUUUUAUGAUUUAGCUUCAGGUCAACGAUGAAAUUAAACGGUUAUCCCAGCUAAAGAAGCGAAUCGAGGAAGCCAUCGACGGAGGUUUGACUGAAAUUCCCAAGUGGAUUGAAGAGAGUGAAGAGUUUCAAACACUUCUGAGAGAUGUGGAAGUAAGUUAUAAAACCUUAUUUUUUAUAUUUUUGUAGCUACGGGACUGCCGUGGUCUUAUUCUGGUGGUUAUAGAACAAGUUUCCAAAAACGAAAUAACAAUUAUUGGCGAACAGGAGCUUGCGCAAUUCUCCAUUCCCUUGCCAAUUCGUCACUAUAGAAACGGGAAGAGAACCGGAGCAGAAAUGCGUCCCGCAGUUGUUUCAGGGAUCGUUACUGGGGGCGUGCCGGUCAGCUAUUGGCUAAUUUUUUCCCUUGUCUCUUGCAACAGUCCCAGAAGACUGUGCGAAAAUGAACUCGUCCCAGUUACCCUCUCGUUUCUAAAGUGGCGAAUUCCGAAGGAGAGAACUGAACUUGAGAAUCAAAGGAUGUCUUGUUUUUUUUCUGGCUGAAAAGCCCACCGCCCCCCUCCCCCCUCCCAUUGGUAAUUGAAGUAUCAUAGAAGAGAGAACGGGUAAGUUUUCGUCAAAUUUAAAGCAUAGUUGUCCCUAUGUUUAUAUUACUCUUUGUUGUUUUCAGGGAUUUAGAAGUCUAAACUUUCACAGUCAUCGCGGUAGAAGUCCUUACUCGAGAAGAAGCCACAAGGCAUUGAGGUGAAUAGAAGUUUAGCUUUCUUUGUGUGAGUAUUUAUACGAAGUGAGUGAAUCACGAAACUCUCGAAAAACCUUACCUUUAGUUUACGGCUACGCAGCUGUUAUUAGUUUGUGCAUUCACGUUCUCUUUGGGUAUGUCUGAGCAUUUUUAACCAAAACAAAACAAAACGACAACCCCCCAAAACAACUGAGGCAGACAAAACAAUCAAUACUCAGAAAAAAAAGCGUGUGGUCGCCGGCGUUCAGCGCGGAAAAGCGCACACAACCAGGUGAUGACCAGUUUUAGUUUUGCACCAGUUUGGUUGAUUUGUCAGUUUAAGUCAAUCACGUGACAACAACAUAGUACGCCGAAGUAACCAAUGAUUUUCCAUUUUUAUUUAUGUAUUUAUUCAUAUUUCUUUCAGGGAAAGAUUUCCUCAUCUUCCUCCAAAACAAGUGAAAUCGCCUGUAAAUCCUAGUACAAGUGAGCACUGGGUAUAACAGAAAGAAAAAAGACAAAAAAGUAUGGAGAGAAAUUUCUUCCCCUCGUUAAUAUUAAUUGCUAAGAAUAUUCACAUGUAUUUGCCGCAGUCUUUGGUUAGUGUUGUAACUUUUAAGUAGGUAGUUUGUUAUAAUUAUUAUUAUUUUUUUUUGCGUUUUUGUAGUCAAACUAAAUCGAUGUUGUUGUACAAACAGACCGAGAACUUCUAAAAAGUAUAAUUUAAGUUGUCUUUUUAUUUUAACGAAAGAGAACUACUCUAUAAAAGUUUGAGGAGCUCUGUAUUUUUGUGGCUUGUUUAUAACGAUAGUUGUAUUAUUAUGCUUUUCUAUGGAGUAUUAGAGUAAACGUUUUGCUACCCUGGCGGCCGUUUCUGAUUCGCGGUUGUAAACUUUGUGAUAUUUUUUAGACUCUAAGCUACUAUGAGAAUUUGGUAAUCAACUUUAACUAAAAUGGAAGUCGAAUUUGAAGCGCAAAAGUCCAUAUUUACAGUAAUUUGUUACCUUGUCAGAAGCUAGAAGACAAACAUCACGAAAGAGUACUGUUCAUUAGCUAUCAUUCGUUGGACUCGUGUCACUCAUUUCGUGACAUUCUUACAUAAAUCUUUAGCUAGUAAAGCCUCGAUUCCAGCCACUCUCUCGGGUCCAGUCUUUCUCCUCCUCGAGGGGAGUCUUGAGCGCGGGCUCAUGUAAUGAGCAGUGGCUGCCAAUCGAGCUCAAAUCCUGUAUCAUCAUGAUUGAAGCCGUUUCACACGCCACGAUUUGUGCAAUCUGUCGGCUUAGCAUCAUAGCAAAUCCACGCGCUAGGAAUUACCCACCGAUCUUUUUAACUAAAAGGUAUCGCCGAGACGAGAAUUGGCCUACUCACCUAACAUCUGUUGCAGUGCAACCGAUUUAUGUGUUUUUAUGCGUCAGUUUUCGUGCCACAUCGGUCUUAAAUCCUCUCUUUCCUAAACCAAGUUAUGGUGAGAUGUUUUGCCAUCCAAGCUUUUGUAUCUGUGGACGAAAUCCCGUGGUGUUUCCAUUCAAAUGAAACCUCUUGGGCUGAUUCUUUGAAUAGUAAUAUUGAAAUCGUAGGAUUUUACAGAAAUCAGUUUGAAUGUCUGUUUUUUUUUUCACUUUGGCCACCAUCAGGAAUGAAAGGGUUUAAUUAUGAUGACAAAUCGUAGCGUGCAAACCGGCUUUGAGUUGUACGUGAGCAAGGUCUUUUGUAUCCCCACGUUGUAUUUCUGACGGGCAGAUGGAUGGGCAAUUUAAAAUAUCUAUUUCCUUUUACAAAGAAGCAUCUCAAAUACACCCAAAAGUAAGAAAUAUAUCCACGAAAAUAUUGUAGCGAAGAGAUAUAAUUAAGCCUUGCUAAAUCCAAUACAUAUAUUGCGUACCCUUACUGGUAAUUUGAUAAAAUUUUGUAUCCCAAAAAUUGAGCAUACUUAACUGGGGUGUAUAUAUUUAUUUAUUACCUUGAUACACCUAUAUUCCAUUUGUGAAGAAUAAUAUUUUAAUAUAUGACAUUUAUAUACCUGGAUAAACUCCAAAAUGACUAAAUUAUGGUCGUUUUGCUUGUUAUAUAAAUUCAUUCGUUUAUAUUGUAAACGACGUAAGGUAAUAAAAUGAGAAAGC